ACCGAAUCAUCCCGAAUCAUAUCGAACCGAUGCUUUGGGAUUGGGAUCGAUACAACAUAAAAUUUUAUACCGAACUGAAAUAUUUGGUACCAUAUCGAUACGAACUAAAUACAGUAUGAUACCGUACCAUGCUUAUCCCUACCAAAAGCUUUUUUAUGUGCACUGAUAUUUUUUUUGAAAAUACUCUCUCUAUUCGUUUCUUCUCUCUAGUUUUACACUAUACUGCACAAAAAUCUAUCCUCAUCUAAAAGGAGAGGAAAUUCACACGCUGAUGGCAAGAAUUGGAUGUCAUUCCAUUAAAUGCCUCAUCCGAGCUGCGGAGUCGCCGCCUCCGCAGUUAUGGCGGUGCUUUCUCAGUCCUCGCGUCGUGACCUCCGCAGUCCGGGCGUUUUCGGCGGCCAUGUCUCCGCCGUCAAAGGCCAUUGUCUACGAUCACCAAGGCCCUCCGGAUUCUGUCACCAGGUCCUACUUCUCUGGCUACAAUGUUCAAUUAGUUCCAAAUUAUAAUGACAAAUUUCAGCUCGUUUUACCUGAAUUUGUUGUAAUACAUUGAAGAAAAUAAGAGAGAAAAUAUUAUAUUGAAUUGGGUUGUGAAUACAAAGAUCUAACCCCUUUUGUUGGAAUGCCUUGAAUUCUAACCUAUUUGACUAGUCAACAAUGGCUGCACCUGUCUGGAAAGUGGCUGGAAACCAGCUGGAAAGUGGCUGGAAGGAGGCCUAGACAAUUGGGCAAGUGGGUUGCUAGUUGGUGAGGUGGGCCAGCUGUACGACAGCAGUAUUGUGGGCUGUCAACUGCUCAGUUCCCACUGGAUUUAGGCAGCCAAGUUGGCUGCCAUCUUUCCAAUAAAUAGGUUCAUUUGUA